UCUUGGCCCGAUGCCGGCUGCACGGCGAGAAGGCAUCUUGCCGCGCCGGGCCAAGCUGCGCCUCCCGCCUCUCACCACCACCAUCCGUCCAUCCGCAACGCCAUGGGUGCCCAGCAGCAGCAGCACUUCUCCAGCACGCGCUCCUCGUCGGCCGCCUCGACGCCGGCGCAGUACGACAGCGACGACGGCGCCGCCACGCCGCGCACGCCCGGCGGCACGGCCGCGCCGCGUCUGCGCCGCAGCCGCUCGGCGCUGUGGCUGCAGCGGGCCGCCGCAAAGGCGCAGGAGCAGCGGGCGCACCUGGAGCGCCAGCUGGCGGAGGAGAUCGUGCUGCGGCGCGAUGCCAUUGGCGGAAUCGACAACAUGUGGCUGCUGCUGAGCAACUCAACAAGCUCGUUCAACCCCGUGUGCACAGCCACGUACACGUUCAAGCAGCCGCCGUCGAUGGACGGCAUGCGCGCGGCGCUCGGCAAGCAGGUCGAGCUGUUCCCCAAGUACAAGCAGCGCCUCGCCAACGUCGGGCGCCGCUGGCACGGCGCCAGCUUCGUCGACGACCCGCACUACAGCGUCGACCGCCACUUGUUCGAGGAGGACCUGCCGGGCGAGGCGGGCAAGCGCGAGCUCGAGGACUUUACCGCGCGUUUCAUUGCCAAGGAGUGGGACUUCACCAAGCCGCUCUGGGAGACGUACAUCUUCCCAAACUACCGCAACCCCAAGACGGGCGCGCGCGGUGCCAUGGUGACGCGCGGACACCACACGCUCACCGACGGGCAGGGCUUCGUCAUGAGCCAGCUCAUGAUCACCUCGUAUGGGCCCGAGCUGGAGCGGCAGCUGCACGAGGGAGCCUCGACGAUGCACGCGGCGCGGCGCGGCAGGGCGCGCCCGUCGCGCAUCCACAAGGGCCUCAAGCCGCUCGACAAGUACCGCCACGUGCUGGCCGUGCAGCUGCUCAUGUUCGGCUUCUUCUGGACGGCGUACAUGCUCAACGCGCUGCGCAAUGCGUGGGGCAGCUUCAUGCAGACCAUCGUCAUCUCCUUCUGGUUCUGCUUCACGUCGUGGCGCCAGCGCUACGCCACGAGCGCGUACAAGGGCGACCGCGUCAAGGAGCGCGAGUUCAGCACCAGCCAGCCAUUCAAGAUCUCGGACAUCAAGCUCUGCCAGCGCGCCUUCUCGGGCUCGCGUCCCGGCGGCUGGCUUGACCGCAUCGGCGGCAAGCGCGCGCGCGCACUCGGCGGCCACAUCACGCUCAACGACUUGCUUGUCACGGUCAUCUCCGAUGCCAUCCUCGCGGAGAUGGAGCAGACGAAGCAGGUCGAGCUGCCGGGCAUCAUUCCGUGGAUUCAGCGGCGCGCCAAUGCCAUUCUGCCGUCGCGCAUCGCGCUCAUGAUCCCGAUCUCGAUCCGCCCGCUCGACAACACGCAGAUGCAGAACUGGAGCACGGGCAGUGUCGCCUACCUCUCGAGCGGCGAAGGCCUGCCGACGUCAGCGAGCGCCAUGCACAAGCGCCUGCACAGCAACAGUGCCGCGCUCAACGUGCUCAAGCAGGGCUGGCUGCCGACGAUUGCAUUCUGGGCCAUCCAGCUUACUGGCCAGGCUCCCCUGCUCUUCCCCUCUGCUCUCUGGACGCCGUUCCGCUCCAUCGUCCGCUUCUACUCCGACCUCACCCUCGGCUGCUUCACGGCCGUGCUCACCAACGUGCCGGGCCCGCAAGGCACCGUGCAUCUUGCUGGCACGGACAUCGUGCAGUGGACCGCCUCGCCGCCGCAGGCCGGCAAGGGCACGCUCGGCAUCGGCAUCAUCAGCUACGACGGCCACGUGCGCGUCACGAUUGUCGCCGACCACGUCAAGGGCGCGCCGUCCGAGGGUGUUGCGCACCGCAUCACCGCCAAGGUCGAGCGCCGCUUCCAGCAGUACCUCGAGGUUGCCGAGGACAUCGCUGGCCGCUCGAAGGCGUCGUGAACGCCUGCCAAAGCCCACGCUUCCGUCUCUAUUCUCCACUGCUCCACCUGCUCCGCAGCCCUGCUUGCCUGCUCUCAAGUGCCUCUCAUUAUACUGUGCACGAUUAUUACCCUCCCUCCCUGCGCGUCUGUCUGCCUCAGAACCAUCUUCGCC